CCGCCUUGGAGAGGGAGCUGGGCGGGGCCUAAGAAGACUAGACCUAAAGGCUGUACCAUCGGCGCCGGCUGCUUUUUUCAUCCUGGGUUCGUCCGCCAGACAAGCUAAGCAGCCCUUCUUCAGUCUGCAAGGGAAAUGAAUGGUGCUGUGCGUUAGUAGCAGUGACCAAGAGCGCCCGUUGUAGAUCUUCGUGGCUCUUGUGGCCGACAUAGUCAGCCCCGAUCGUGGUCUUCUGGCUUCGGCGUGGGGCGGCUGCUACUGCCGUUGCGGUGGGGAUUUGCGGAGCUAGCUCUGGCGGAUCUCGGCUGCUGCUGGACGUGCUGAGCACAUCUCAAGAAACGGAAGUGCUGAGCUCAUGGAAACAGAUCUGAGCUUGUAGAGAACAGCAACACUCUCCUUUGAGAGCAGCGGGGAGGGAGAGAGAGCGCAGAUGCAAUGCUUUGUGAAUGACAGUGGCCUCUGCUGCUUCACAGGAUUCCACCAUGUGCCUUUCAUCUUCUAGGAAGUGCUGCUCACGGUCCAGCUAUAGAAUGUUCUCUUAGUGCCAGGCAUCUGUCACAAGGUGCCCAGACUGGGCUUCUGGUCCAGCAAAAGUGCGGCUGAACCAUUGACAGGCAGCAAUGGACACCCACAUGGACUUGCUGACAGAGCUCCAGCUACUGGAUAAAGUACCCACACUAGAGCGGCUUCGGGCAGCUCAGAAACGUCGGGCGCAGCAGCUGAAGAAGUGGGCACAGUACGAGAAGGAGAUGCAGCACAAGAAGAGAAAACAUGAGAAGAAGAGGAAUGUUGUCAAUCACAAGAAGGUUUCUUUUGAGGCCAACGUUGCACUGCUGGAGGCUUCAUUAAGGAAUGAUAUUGAGGAAGUCUGCUAUUUAUUGAACAACAACUUCAGCCCAGAUCUGUGCAAUGAAGAUGGAUUAACUGCACUGCAUCAGUGCUGUAUAGACAACUAUGAAGAGAUGGUGAAGCUUCUUCUGAACCAUGGGGCCAACGUCAAUGCAAAGGACAAUGAGUUGUGGACUCCUUUGCAUGCAGCAGCAACAUGCAGUCACAUCAACCUGGUGAAGAUCUUGAUUCAGCAUGGGGCAGACCUGCUGGCAGUGAAUGCAGAUGGCAACAUGCCAUAUGAUCUCUGUGAAGAUGAACCAACUCUAGACGUCAUUGAGACCUGCAUGGCAUAUCAGGGAAUCACGCAGGAGAAAAUCAAUGAAACACGAGCUGCCCCAGAACAGACAAUGGUUGAUGAUAUCACAGAGAUGAUAGCAACAGGGCAAGAUCUGAACAGGAUAGACGCACAAGGUGCUACGCUGUUACAUAUAGCUGCGGCCAAUGGUUACCUGCAUGCAGCAGAGAUUCUUCUGGACCAUGGGGCAAGGCUAGACCUCAAGGACUGGGAUGGCUGGGAACCCCUCCAUGCUGCUGCCUUCUGGGGACAUAUGCAUAUGGCCGAACUGUUGGUGUCCCAUGGUGCAAGCUUGAGUGCCAGAACAACUAUGGAUGAGAUGCCAAUAGAUCUAUGUGAAGAAGAAGAGUUUAAGGUUCUGCUGUUAGAACUGAAGCAUAAGCAUGAUGUUAUCAUGAAGUCUCAGAUGAGACACAAGUCCUCCUUGAGCAGGAGAACCUCUAGCACCGGAAGCAGAGGGAAGGUGGUGCAGAGGGCAAGCCUUUCUGACCGAACAAACCUUUACAGAAAGGAGUAUGAGAAGGAGGCUAUAAUCUGGCAGCAAAUAGAAUCUUCAGAAGAGCUGAUAACCUCUGGCUACAAUGGUGACAUCAGGGAAGGCUGCUCCAACCAAGAGAACACAGAUCCAAACUCUCCGGUAGAUACACCCACAGUCCUUCCAGAGUUGGUAACCAAAAGUACACAAUGCGACUCAGAAACUUUGCUCCAGAAUGGGCUCAGCUUAUCCACUGCAGCUUACCAAUAUUCUAUCCCCAAUGGAGACAUUUGGAAAAUGCAUUCUGCUCUGGACAAUGAUACAAGCCAAGCACUGCCCUACGAUACCCCUGGAGUCCCCGACUCUCAUCAAAUCUGGGGGGGUUACAAAGAAAGGAGCCAUCAAACCCUUUCUGAGCUGAAACGGCAGCGGGCAGCAGCCAAGCUUCUCAACCACCCCUUUAUUAGUACGCACUUUGGGAGCAAUGGGGGAGGCACUGCUGAAAAUGGGGGAGAAGCUAUAGAGCAGCUGAUCAGUUCCAGGACUCCUUCCUAUACAUCCAAUGGGACUUCAGUUUAUUACACGGUGUCGAGUGGUGAUCCACCUCUUUUAAAAUUUAAGGCUCCCAUGGAAGAAAUGGAGGAGAAGGUACAUGGGUGCUGCAGGAUUUCCUGAUCUAAGUUUGUUCCUGACUGGUGAAGAUACUAAGCUGGGUGGGCAUGUUGCAUCCUCUACUGAGUCUUGGUGGUUACCACUGCAGAAAGGGGAAUCUCGGAUCGCUCAUCUCAGGUCAGGCUGUAGCAGACAUAUUCAUUUCUAGUACCUUACUUUGCUUUGCAAUUCCAUUAAAUAUCAAGCAAGUAUAGGUUGCAAAGAAGUCUAGGAGGACAACUCCUUAUUACAUACUCUUGUCUAUGAGAGAGAGAGAGAGAGAGAGAGAGAGAGAGAGAGAGAUCAUUGCAUUUGUUUGAU